CUAGGCUGGAGUCGCGCGUGCAGCUAGCAGGGAGGCAGCUGGGCGUCCAGAGCCGCGGCCGCAGCGCGCAGCUGGCAGAGACUCUCGGCUGGCCACGCACUUGCCUCCUCUGGGGCCUCCAGGAGCCUCUUGGCGCUCUUCUUCCCAGCCCGGCCCCAGCAGGCUCCACCGGCCUUGGCCUGGGCUGCAUUUGCCGCUACUCACUGUGCCUUGGACAGAGGGACGCCCGCCCCGUCACGUGUGUCCAAGUCCUCCGCUAGUCGGGGCAGCGUGGUUCCCAUGGUUCAAGGCUGUUGAUGGAGAGGUGGGCGGAUGACAGCCGGGACUGUGGUCAUCACUGGGGGCAUCUUGGCAACUGUGAUUCUGCUCUGUAUCAUCGCUGUUCUGUGCUAUUGUCGGCUUCAGUACUACUGCUGCAAGAAGGACGAAUCCGAGGAGGACGAGGAAGAGCCCGACUUCGCAGUGCACUCACACUUGCCGCCCCUGCAUUCCAACCGCAACCUUGUGUUGACCAACGGGCCUGCUCUCUACCCAGCUGCCACCACCUCUUUCAGCCAAAAAUCCCCACAGGCCCGUGCCCUCUGCCGAAGCUGCUCCCACUACGAGCCGCCCAGCUUCUUCCUGCAGGAGCCAGACGACAGCGACUUUGAGGGUGUGCGCAACGGUGGAGGCCGAGUGGCUUACAGAAGCAUCAGCCAGGAGGACGUGGAGCUGCCCCCCACAAGCUUCGGGGGCCUGCAGGCGCUCAACCCCAACCGCCUCUCUGCCAUGCGUGAGGCCUUUUCCAGAAGCCGCAGCGUGAGCACCGACGUGUGACAGGCCUCCAUCCUGCCCAGGCUCCCAGCCCUGGAGGGUCUUGAGAUCAUGGCAAGAUCCCCAUGGCACACCCUUGCCCAAUGUCCAGACAUCUGCUCAGCCAAGUCUUCCCUGUAUCCCUGUCCUAGGGGCUCCAGGGAUGGGGAACUCCCAGGCCUUCUACAGGGAUAAAGCCCAAUGAACCAGAUGUAGCAGCUGGGGGUAGGGACCGCUGGCACGGGACGGGAGGCAGAGGACAAGAGGGUAAGGUGAGGCUAUGUUGGGACACAGGGGCCAGGUCCUCUUUCCAUGAAGUGAAAUGUCAACCCCAGCAACUUGUCUGGCUCUGGUUUCGUGGUCUUAGCCUGUCACUCCCUCACCAGGCCUUGGGCUUCCUACCUGCUCAAGGGAGCAUGGGCCUCACUGGCUGCCAGUGGCGCUCCAAGCGUAAACCUUCCUUAGAGACUGUGGACCAAAUAAAUAUUCUGUCCCUUUCCCAUCCCUCUUCCCACCGUCUCUCCAUUCCAUCCCCCAGCCUCUCUGUCUCACACUCCUAGGUGCCAAGCAUCUGCCCCAAGCUGGAGAUGCCUGUUGCCCUAGCCUCCUGAAGAUGGACAAGUUUCCCUAUAGAAGGGAUCGGUUAGAAAACAGUGGUGUUCUUGGAUGCUUGCUCUGCCCCGAUCUGCUUUCUCUGGGAGAAGAGGCAUAGGCACAGAGAACACAGCUCUGGGAGGGAUGACACUAAAGCUUACACAUCCGGCACUUAUCCCUAAACCCAGUCACCCGGCAGACAUCCAGUGAGGUUUCGGGGGCACUGGAGGUGGCUCAGCUAUGCGCUAGGGGUCUGAGACUUCGACUUGCCAUGACUUUUAGGCAGGCUACCCUAUCCAUGUGCUUGUCUCCCCGUACAAGCAGUUUGGGUAUGGGGGGCUGGCUGCAGAAAACCCUUUGAACUCUGGCCCUCAGUGGGAGCUGAGAUCCCUGGGGAGAAGCCGAGCUAUAGACCAUAUACUUCCUGUUUCUUGCUUGGAAUAAGGCCACAGGCCCAGCCAGGCAGGGCUUGUUGCCCCUGUGUGGAAGCCUCCUUUCUACCCAUGCUGCUCCAAGUCCUCAUCUGGCUGAGGAAUUGGUGCCCCAAGCCCAGGACCCUAGCCAUCAGGAGUACAGUUCUCUGCUCUGAAAGAGGCACCAUUCUUGACAGCAGAGCCUCAAGAAUCCUUUCCUCUUGGGGGCCUCUUUAAUCCCCAGGCCCAGCCGUGGAGCUCCAGAGGGGAGAAGUGCCCCUGUGAAGGUGCCUUCCUAUAGGACAGUGGCCACCCCCGAGCCAGAUACCACAGCAGGGCCCUCCACCCUUUCUACAGGCAGCUGAACCAUGCAAGUGAGGAUCUGCUGUCUUUGGCAUUCUGAAGUUUUUCUCCUUUUCUUUUUCCUGCCUCAGUCUGGUCUUGCUAACAGAAUCCAUCCUUAGAAUCACAGAAAUCCUCAGCCUACCCUUUUCCCAUCUACUUCCUUUGUCCCAUUCUGCCCCAUGACAUCUGUCCCUUGCAUUGCUUGGGGUAUGGGUGAGGUAGGGAGGGAUUCUCUGGGCUGUUCUGUCUUUUCCUUCUACCCCCACUUUCUUUUUUACCUUCACUAUCUCUGUAUAGAUCCAUAGACAUCUUCAAAGUGAAUUAAGCAUCCAUCUCUACCACUCACUCAACACCGCCAUGGGACCUGCCAGGGACCCACACAGCACCCUGAAAAGAGUAAAAGCCAAUAAAUUUGUU